AAUUUUAAAAGAGUAAAUUUCAAAGAAAACUAAAUAAUAUAAUGGAUCUUAACGAUGCCGUGCUAACGUGCGCGGUGAACAUACACUGGACGAACACGGUGGGCAUAACCGGGCGCAAACUAUGCUACAAAACAGCAACGUUGCGACUGGUGCGCAACGAUUUGCGUGAAAUGUUUGUAGAAGUGACGCCCGAAAAGUUAAAACCCCUCAAAUUCCGGCUAAAAGACAUAAUGGUGCACAAGAAAUUCAUGUCGGAGGGCAAGGCGACCUUCAACUUUAAAUCCGAACACUGCGAAGUGUAUUUAUCCAAUGCGCCGCCCGGCAUUUUAAUGCUCUUUCUGCGCACCAUUUUCAUCAAGAUGAAUGGGGGUAAAGAUGCAACUGAAUCCUCUCCUUUGGAUGAGCUGGCCAUGAAGAAGCGGGUGCGCGAACAGCUGAUUUCGUCGCAACCCAGCACCUUUGAGGAGAUCUCACCGGUGACAACAGCCGAAAUGGUUUUGGCGCGCAAAAAAGCCGGUUUAAUUCCGCGUGGCACCACCACCACCCCCUCGCCACAGGCGGCCAAAAAAAGACGCCUCACCGAUGAUGACAAAGCCAAUGUGCCUGCGGCCAAGAAAUUGUAUCAGUCGUCACCACUCGCACAAUCGGAGGAUUCGGUGCGUCUCAGCCAGGAGCAGUUGGAGGUGCUGCGCGCCUGCACCGCCGGCAAAAAUGUUUUCUUUACGGGAUCUGCUGGCACCGGCAAAAGUUUUUUGCUGCGUAAAAUUAUCUCGGCGUUGCCGCCGGACGGCACUGUGGCCACCGCAUCGACGGGCGUUGCUGCUUGCCUCAUUGGCGGCACCACGUUGCAUGCGUUUGCUGGUAUUGGUGGCGGCGAUGCCACCAUGCAACGUUGCCUGCAGCUGGCGGCAAGGCCAAUGUCCGCGCAGACGUGGCGCAAGUGCAAGCGGCUGAUCAUCGAUGAGAUCUCCAUGGUGGAUGGGCAGUAUUUUGAGAAAAUCGAGUCUGUGGCACGACACAUACGGAGGAAUGAUCGUCCCUUUGGUGGCAUUCAGCUGAUCCUAUGCGGCGACUUUCUGCAGCUGCCACCAGUUGUCAGAGGGGAGACGGGCGCCCAGCAGCGUUUCUGCUUCCAGUCGGGCGUCUGGGAGCAGUGCAUCCAAUGUGUCUACGAACUGAAACAGGUGCAUCGUCAAUCCGAUCCGGAGUUUGUGAAGAUACUCAAUCAUCUGAGGAUUGGUCAUGUCAACGAGAGCAUCUCCACCCGAUUGAUGUCCACAUCGAAGCAAAAGAUCGAAGCAAAUGGCAUUUUGGCCACACAACUCUGUUCGCACACCAACGAUGCCAAUUCGAUUAAUGAAUCCAAGCUGGAGAAUCUGGGUGGGGAUAAGGUGCUGUUUCGUGCCGAGGAUUCGGAUGCAGGGAUGAGCAAGCAGCUGGAUCAACAGGUGCAAGUACCGGCCCAACUCUAUCUGAAGAUCAAUGCCCAGGUGAUGCUGCUCAAGAACAUCAACAUAGCCAGUGGACUCGUCAAUGGUGCUCGGGGCGUGGUGGUGCGCAUCGAGAAGGGUCUGCCCGUUGUGCGUUUCAAGAACAAUCAGGAGUACGUUUGUCGCCACGAGAAGUGGAUCAUUAAGACGGCAACGGGUGGUGUUCUCACACGUCGUCAGGUGCCGCUCAAACUGGCCUGGGCAUUCUCCAUCCAUAAGAGUCAGGGAUUGACGCUCGACUGUGUGGAGAUGUCGCUGUCCAAGGUCUUUGAAGCUGGCCAGGCUUAUGUCGCCUUGUCGCGUGCCAAAUCCCUGCAAUCGAUUCGCAUUCUGGACUUUGAUGCCAAGCAGGUGUGGGCCAAUCCUCAGGUGCUGCAGUUCUAUAAGAAUUUCCGGCGGCGUCUCAUCGACACCACCAUGAUUCCGCUGGGACCCAAGAAUAAGGACAAUAAGAAGCCGGCGGAUGCCACCAGCAGCGCCUUGGCCAAGCUCAAAAAGAGCCUGUUGAACAAACCGCUCGUCUCGAUUAGUUAGUUAAUCUAUCCAACUAGCUUUAGUUUUAGCUAAAGGUCUUUUUAAGAUAGGGUUUUUCAUUGUAAGGCUGCCAAUCUAGAACACUAUCUCAAUUUAAAGUCAUUUUAAGCUAAAUUAAAUCUAUUCACAUUCUUAUCAAUCCAAGUUUUUUUGUUUCCUAACAAAAUAUAAUAUAUAUUUACUAAUGAGCAUAUAAAAUAAAUAUAAAACAUAAUUGCAAUUUAUCCUUUACUAAAAACUUAGUUAAUCACUUACUAACUUUAAUUUAAUGUACUUUAGUUUAAUGUUUGCUUAAGACAAGGCUUCUUAUUUUGAGGCUGCCAAAAUGGUGCUUUAAGUCUAAAACCCUGUCUUUAUCUGAAGUCAUUUAAAACUAAAUCAAAUCGGUUCACAUUUUUAGCUUUUAGCCGUAAAACAAUCCAAUUUUUUUGUGUUCUAAAUAUAGCAUUUAUACAAAUGAGAUAACAAUAUAAAUAUAAUAUAUAAUUAUAAUUUAGCUAAAUGCUUGCUUCAAGACAAGGCUUUUCAGUUUGAAGCUGCCAAUGUGGUGCGUUAAAGUCUAAACCCCAUUUAUAUUUACACCUAAGUCACAUCUAUUUACAUUCUUAACUAUUCCUAAUAAAAUAUGAUUUAUAGCA